GCCAUCUGCAGGCGGAGCUCCUCAACAAACCAAAGCCUCCAAAGGUUCGAUCAAACGGCACACGACAUCCAGAACUAGAUCCACCUGGAGUGAUUGAAGCUGAAAUCUCAAACUUAGUCUACUUAAGAACGGAGUAAAUGCAUAAACGGUGGACCUGCUCUUUGGUCAAACAAGCUUCUGCUUUCAUCCGGCUUUACGUGAGAUUCAAGAGCACCAAGGCGAGACCUACAGCUCCUUUGGGUUCACGGAUUCUGACAAACCCCGAUGAUAUCUUUAAACACAACAUGUGGGACCAUGUGCAGUGGACAAAGGAGGACCAAGAAGCUGCUCGGCAGCAGGCAGAAGAAAAUUCAAGUAUACGACUUCCUUUAACAGAGCAAGGUAAAUUUAGCACAGAUGCUUGCCAGUACUGGGACCAGUUUUACGAGGUGCACCAGGACAAGUUCUUCAAAGAUCGCAGGUGGCUGUUUUUAGAGUUCCCAGAAUUACUUCCUUCAUCUGCAGAAGAAAAGAGGACAAAUGCAUACCGCAGUCAUCAGGAAGCUGCAGCAGAACCAAAUGAAACCAUCAGACAAAUUUCUUCUUUUCCUGGACAGCAUGCGUCUUUCAGGAUUUUGGAGGUUGGAUGUGGAGUUGGUAACAGUGUAUUUCCCAUUGUUAAUACCAUAAAGAAGACAGAUUCCUUCUUAUACUGCUGUGACUUCUCCCCUCGUGCCAUUCAGCUGGUUAAGGACCAUCCGGACUAUGAUGAUUCUGUGUGUCAUGCCUUUGUCCACGACAUUUGUGAGGAGGCGGACUCUUUUCCUUUUCCUCCUCAGAGCCUGGAUGCUAUCCUAGCAGUCUUUGUGCUCUCUUCCAUUCAUCCUCAGCGAGUGCAAAAAGUUGUGAACCAACUUUCAACAUAUUUGAAGCAUGGAGGAGUUUUUCUCUUCCGUGAUUAUGGGAGAUAUGACCUUUCACAGCUAAGGUUUAAGAAAGGUCGAUGCUUAUCAGACAAUUUCUACACACGUGGAGAUGGAACUUGCGUUUACUUUUUUACUAAAGAAGAGGUCCAUAAUUUAUUUUCCAAAGCUGGACUUGAAGAAAUUCAGAAUCUUGAAGACAAACGACUACAAGUGAACCGUGGGAAGAAAGUUGUAAUGCGUCGGGUGUGGAUGCAGAGCAAGUACAGGAAACCACCUCUACCAUCACCAUUCUAGAAGCCCCAAUAGCACAG